AUGAAAGGGAUUCCAGAAGCUUCCAGGUCGAGCCCUGGGUUCUCCGUGUUAAUGUGGCCAAGUAGUCUGAGCGGUGACAGGCAGGGCUGGGCUGGUGCCCUCCAAAGCUCUCCUGCCUGCAGCUUGCUCCUUAGCUUUGGCCUGUGUGUAAACAGUGCCAAACCAACUCUUGCAGCCCACCCUGCACCCUGCGAGGCGUCCUGCUGCGACCUGUGCCCCACCUCUGCCUGCGGCAUCAGCCGGCCCCAGCCCCUGGCCGACAGCGCCAACGAGCCCUGCGUGCGGCAGCGCCCUGACUCCAGCGCCCUGAUGCAGCACCCUGAUCGCCCUGACUCCAGCAUCCUGAUCCAGCCCCCCACGCCUGCGUUCACCUUCCCCAAGCCCAUCAGGAGCGCCUUCCCGCAGUACAGCCCCGCUGGCUCUGCAGGAGCCCCUGGGAUCAGGGGAGGCUAUGGUGGCACUUUUGGGGCCUAUGGAGGCUAUGGAGGCCUUGGUGGCAAUGGAGGCUUUGGGGGCUGUGGGGGCUAUGGAGGCUGUGGAGGCUUUGGGGGCUACGGCUCCCUGGGCUAUGGGGGUCUGGGAGGCUAUGUGGGCUCCUCCCUGGGCUAUGAGGGUCUGGGAGGCUUUGGGUGCUCCUCCCUGGGCUACAGGGGCCUGUAUGGCUAUGGCAGAUCCUUUGGCUCUGGCUCCUGCAGCCCUUCCUCCUACCGGUUCAGCAGGUACCGCUGUGGCAGCUGUGGGCCCUGCUAG